CCGUCAUCAAGAAUGACAUCCCGUAGUUUGAAUUUGUUGUUGAUUUGUAUAUGUAUUACUAUAGGUAGUCUAAUAUCAGCAUUAUCACCACAGAUAUUUAAAGUUAAACAAGAGAAUACAAUGAAAUUGGCUACAUUAGGUGCUGGUUUAUUGGUCGGUAGUGCACUUGGAAUCGUUAUCCCAGAAGGUAUAGAGAGUAUUUAUGAAACAAAUCAAGGCAAUUCUUCUAUCGUUGGUUUAUUAAUGUCAGCUGGUUUCGUCUUGAUGUUGUUGAUCGAUACUUUAAUUGCACCACAUAAUUCACACGUAGAAGAAGGGAAAGUACAUACAUCGCCAGCUACCCACACACAACAACCUCAAAUACCACAUCGGAUGCGGUCGUAUACUCCAUUGAGACCUAUAGAAGACAACACACAUUCACCUGCGAAGGCACUUUCUAAGACAGCAGGUUUGACAAUACAUAGCUUCUGUGACGGUAUAGCUUUAGGUGCAGCUAGUUUAUCAAACAGCAGCAAUAGUCUCUCAAUCGUCGUGUUUUUAGCUGUUGCUAUACACAAAGCACCUGCAAGUUUAGGAUUAAGUACAUCGUUAUUGUCUUUAAGACCACAAUUGAAAACAUCACUUUAUAGACUUUGCAUAUUAAUAUUCAGUCUAUCUGCGCCAAUUUCAGCUUUCUUGACUUUCUUCUUGCUUAGAUUGAUGAACUUUAAUAACAGUGAUAGUAGUAUACCGGGAUAUGCUUUAUUAUUUUCAGGUGGUACAUUCUUAUUCGUCGCCGCACAAGCUACAAGCGAGCAAUUAGAGGAAUCAACAAACAAAAAACAAUUCAUUGCAUUGUUCUUGACCGGAAUAAUAACGCCAAUUCUUUUAUCAUUAGUUAUAUCAGAUUAAAUUAUUACAACAAAUUUAACAUUUUAUAUAUAUAU